UAGCGCCAAUUUUAGCGGUAGCUUUCACAAAAUGUUAAAUAAUAGAACUAGAGUGUUGUCUCUCCACUAGGUUUUCUUGAUGACAUCACAUAUGGGAGCGGCAACAUCUCACAAAGCACUACUCUUUGAACGAGUCACCCAUCUUUGGUAUUCACAAACCACCGGUGGCGCUCCUCCUCCGCAAAAAUUCCCCAAGUAUCCAAAGAGCGGGUCAGGUGUACGUAAAAGGGUAAUUUACGGCAUUUGCGCAGCUGUGUGCGGAAGAGGGAAUAGCUCAAACGUACGUAUUUUUCGGUGGGAAAAAUGUCCCAUGGGAUGGGCUUGAUUCUCGCGAAAACGCUGCCUUCCUUUUAGCUGUAGCCGCUGAAGGUGUCGGGAUUCGGAAGUCGUCCCGGGUUGACGGUUCACCCCUGGCCAGUACGUACACCACGAAACCCGAAGAACUCGUCGUUAAACACGAGAGGGCGGACUGCUGUGUCGUUAGAAAUCACCGUGCCCAGCUGUGACGGAAGGAAAUGGGAAUGAUCCACACUGUGAGGAGCCACAGCCGAAGACGUGUUGCAGUUAAAGCAGAGAACCGAGCCGUCAGUCCCGAGCGAGCGGCCGUGUAAUUAAUUUCGCACUUGAUGGUAUGUGUGAGUUCUGCUACACACCCGACGGAGGCUCCAGCGCUUUGYUGUGUCGGAGUCCAUUCAUCUUUCUGCUGGAAUGACGUCUGCACGGUUCUUUUAAUUCAAACGCUGAACACAUUUUGAGAAUUCGUCCACCCGACCCAGAUUCGGUGGCUGAGGCGAGAGCGGGGCUCAGGCUGAGGCUGAGGCUGAGGCGGGUCGACAGUCGGUGGGAUAUGGGAAAGAGAGCGGAACCGAUGCAGCGGGUCUCGGCAGGGCAUCGUCAAAAUACAGGACAGUGAUGCCUGGGAUGGUGAUGUUUCGGCGGCGCUGGUCAGUUGGCAGUGAUGACCUGGUGCUGCCCGCCCUCUUCCUUUUUUUAAUACACUGCGUCUGGUUGGUGGUUCUGUCCGUGGUUCUCUUUGGCCUUCGAUAUGGCUCAGACCAGUCAUGUUCUGUCACGCUGGUGGACCAUGGCCGAGGGUACCUGGGCAUCCUGGUUAGCUGCCUUAUAUGUGAGAGUGCCAUCAUGUGGUUGAGCAUGAGGGGCAGCAUUUUGCACACGCAGCCCAGGGAAGCUGUGCAGUAUGUCAUCUAUAUACGACUAGCUAUCUUAUUGGUUGAGCUUGUAUAUGCUGUAGUAGGAAUUGCUUGGCUUGUCCAGUAUUAUCAGCCGUGUUCUGACGUCACAGCCAAGAACUUGGCUUUGGGAAUUGUUGCAUGCAACUGGCUUGUGAUACUGAGCGUUUGCAUCACCCUCAUGUGCACUUUUGAUCCAACGGGUCGGACUUUUGUCAAACUGAAAGCAACCCGUCGGCGUCAGCGUAACCUCACUACGUAUACUCUUAGACACAGACUAGAAGAAGGACAGGCCAGCAGCUGGAGCAGGAGACUAAAGUUUUUUAUGUGCUGCACAAGAGCCCAGGAUACACAAUCYGAUGCAUAUUCAGAGGUGGCCAGCCUUUUCGCAGAAUUCUUUAGAGACCUGGACAUCGUGCCAAGUGAUAUCAUAGCUGGUCUGGUACUUCUUCGCCAGAGGCAGAGGUCUAAGAGAUCUGCCAUCCUGGACCAGGCCAAUAAUGACAUUUUAGCAUUCUUGUCAGGGAUACCUGUCACUCGUAAUACUAGAUACCUGGACCUCAAGAACUCUGCUGAGAUGAACAUGUACAAAGACGUGUGUUAUUACAUGCUCUUUGCCCUGGCUGCAUAUGGUUGGCCCAUGUACCUGAUGAGGAAGCCUGGCUGUGGGCUGUGCCGCCUCGCCAGCUCCUGCCCGUGCGCAUCAGUUUCUGGUUCUCGGCUGUCUCAGUCCGUGACMGUGGAGGAGGACAACUGCUGCGGCUGUAAUGUCCUCGCCAUACGCCGACACUUCCUGGACAGGGAUCUCAAGCAGGUUCACAUUGUCUACACUUCCUGCCACGACGCUGUUUACGAGACUCCGUUCUUCGUGGCGGUGGAUCACGCAAAGAAGAAAGUUGUCAUCAGUAUCAGAGGAACUCUUUCACCAAAGGAUGCUUUGACUGACCUGACAGGAGACUCUGAGCGUUUGCCUGUAGAGGAGCAGCAGGGGAACUGGCUUGGUCACAAGGGAAUGGUUUACUCAGCAGAAUACAUUAAGAAGAAAUUGGAGCAGGAAAUGAUCUUGUCACAAGCUUUUGGAAGAGACUUGAGCAAAGGUACCAUGCACUAUGGGCUGGUCAUCGUUGGGCAUUCCCUUGGUGCCGGCACCGCUGCUAUUCUCUCCUUCCUGCUCAGACCUCAGUACCCUACACUGCACUGCUACUCUUAUUCUCCACCUGGUGGCCUUCUCAGUGAGGAUGCCAUGGAGUACUCCAAAGAGUUUGUGACAUCUGUAGUAUUAGGAAAAGACCUAGUACCAAGGCUCGGCCUUUCACAGCUGGAGGGUUUCCGACGGCACCUUCUGGAGGUCUUACAGAAAAGCAACAAGCCAAAGUGGAGGAUCAUUGCAGGAGGCACCAAAUGCAUCCCCAAAUCAGAGCUUCCAGUGGAGGAUGAUGAUCCUCAGUCGCAGCCUGCAGCUCCCCCCAGCAGCCGCCUGUGGCUACACCCCAGUGACCUCAGCAUCGCCUUGUCAGCCUCCACACCUCUUUACCCUCCUGGCAGGAUCAUCCACGUGGUGCACAACCAUCCACCAGAGACGUGCUGUGGUCAGGAAGAGCCAACCUACUCUGCACUGUGGGAAGACAACAAGGCCUUCAACGAGGUCAUCAUAUCACCCGCUAUGCUGAACGAGCACAUGCCGCACAUGGUGAUGAAGGGUCUGAACAAGGUGCUGGAGAACUACAAUAAAGGGAAAACGGCUUUGUUGUCGGCAGCCAAGAUCAUGGUGAGCCCAACAGAAGUAGACUUGAACCCAGAGAGCAUGUUUGUGGAUACGUCGACAGCCUCUCAGCAGCCAACACCUACAACCCACCACCGCAGGAACAGCAGUGUUCGACAAAAACCCUUGUUACGCUCAUGUGCCCAAUCUGAAAUAUCUCUGGACGGUUUCUCUGAGUGCCCUCCUCCCCCAGUGCCUGUAGUGCUCCGUGGAGCCCGGGAACGUCUGGCGGUGGAGCUGAGAGACAGAAAGGCGCCGCUGGCCGUCAUGGAGAGCCUCUCGGAUGCAGAGUCGCUCUACAGCCUGGACUCCCGACGCUCCUCGGCUGCAUUAAGGGGUUCACCGAUGUUGGGUAGUCUGCCGUUCCCGCUGGACGCUCCGAUACCCGAGGAAAACCCAUCUCUCAGCUCUCGCACUGAAUUACUGGCUGCAGACUGCCUCUGCCCGACGACGCCAGAGCACCUGGGUGAGGUUGGACCUUUCUUAACCCCACUCGAAUCCAGAUCCACCCCAGAGUACUCCAUGAGGCUGUCUCCCGCCACGCCUCGCUAUAGUGGACACCAUUCCCCAGCCCUUCUGACUCGGAGUGUCUCCUCACAGCCUUUCAAACCGCAGUCUAACGCCACCCGAACAAUUCUUCAUGAUGGGGAACAGAUGCCUGGUGUCUACAGCCCAGGGAGCACUCCCAAUGCUCCGCUCAGCCCACUCAUUGGUUCAAAAUUACUAGAUGGGGAAAAGGAGGGUCAGGAAACACAGUUAUGUGCGGAAAGCCCCCUGGCAACUUCGACUCUUCCCCCCCAGCUGUCCAAUGGGAACCCCAGCCAGGCUGUGCUAGAGUUCGCCCAAUACUUAGACUCUCUGUUCAGACUGGAUGGCAGCAGCUCACCACCACUCGACCUGUCUGACGGGGAGUCGGAGUCAGGUCGGGGCUCUUUUGGGCAGGGUGAGUGUCUCGGAGAUGGACAGCAAUUGGACGACACGCAACUUCUGGUCAGAGCCACGCUGGAGCCUAACCUUGUCCCUAAACCUCCACGCACUUUUGCAGGGUCUGCGGACCCCUCUUCAGGCAUAUCCUUGUCGCCCUCCUUCCCGCUUUCAUCCUCUGAGGAGCUCAACGACCUUUCCCCAAGCGAUGGCGCCCCGCCAGCCAUACACUCUCUACGAACCACUUGUCACUGUCCUGAAGAGAACACACUAUCCUCGAUGGUGUAGUGUGYUCUGAGGGGCCUGGUGUCUUUGUACUUUAGGUGGAGGGGUGCAGUAAUCCAAAUUUUAAAACAUAUCACAAUACGUGCAUGCAGCGGAAUGCAGUCACUUAUCAGAAGUCCGAUGAACAGAACUUGAUGGACCAACACAACGUAUUUUCAUUCUUCAGGUGUCCCCUUUGAACACUAACAUUUUUACACUAUUGCAAUGAUGAAAAAGAUACCUCUCUCUGCAUGCCAGGGGGCUGUGCUGCUUUUGGGUGUAUAUAAACAACUGUAGCUUCACAAUGCCAGUCUAAAUCAAUGUCUCACCCACACAAAGAGACACGUCUACAUAACACCAUUGACAUCGAAAUUGAAGAGAGUCCGAAAUCUGAAACCAACACUGUAGAAAAGGUUAGUACAGGCACAUCGUCUGGACUGAUAUGCUGUACAAACGUCAUGCAUCUUCAGCAGCUCUGGAAACUUGUACAGCUUUUAUUUUAAUUUUUUUUACACCAGGAAUGUGAAGAUGGACAUGUUUGUUUAUUAACAGAAGUAAGAAGACAAUAAGAAAUGUUCCUCAGGUCUACAAUGAACUGACUUUGAGAGAGAGAGAGAGAGAGAGAGAGAGAGAGUAAGUGUGUCAUGUUAGUGAGAAUAUGUGUCUUAAACAUUUAGUGAUUGUGAAAAAAGUUAUACAGAUGCCUAUGAAUGUUUUGGAGUCCUUUGGUUACACUUUAUAAUGCAUGAAGACUUUUCUUUUUUUAAUUAAUUUAUUCUUAAAGAUAAUUUGUCACCAAGCCACUCAGAUUUACAUUUUGUUACUCUUGCACACAUCAUAUUGCUCAGUUUACUCCCUUUUGCCAAAAAAAGUAACAGAUUGUCUUGCCAAAUGUAUUUAUGAGAUGUAAUUUUGUAUCUAUAUAUGAAUAUUGCUUUAUUUAAACACAGGCUCGGUUAAUUGUUUCCUUUCUAGUUCUUCAGUCAGUUCCCAUAUCGACUGUUACACCGCAACAACAUGGAAGUAUCCCCCUGACAUUAAAACACUGCCAUGGCUUUCAAUCCAAUAAGACAAUUUCUGCACGUUUUGAACAAAGACAAAAGUUGCUUAUAGUGUCAUAAAUAAUGUACAUUUAUCUCGUAGAUCUUAGCAACAUGCCCAGGUCAGAAUCUGCAUCCUUUAUGCAUUACAAAGUAGCAUGGCUGGUACAGAACAAAUGUUUUCAGCAAAGCAUAGUGAAAAUGCUCAAAAGGGUUAAAAAAAAAAGAAAGAUCAUAAACUCAAGAUUCUGAGAGAGCAAUUGCCCAAUUGUUUAUUCUAAAGGUGUCCCAGGAUGAUGUUUCUAUUCCGAAGGUGGUCUUGGUCAGUUUGGACAUGAAGGUAUUUUCUUCCCUUUAAUCUGGCUCAUCUCAGACAUUUCAAGUUGGACUGAAUGUGUGAAUGGGCAUGAGCGCCAAUUUUUAAAUGCGGCACGUGGAACUCAAUCUUCCAUAUCACUCUGGYUGUAACAGGUUGCUCACAUUUUGCAUUAUUUAGUACAGUAAAUGUUUUUAUUCACUUC